AUGAAUGAAGCAACAACCUGGAAUUGGGAUAAGAAAUUGAUUGAAAAUAGUUCUAGUGCAGUCUUUGGAGAAUGGAGGAGUGAAAAUGAUGAAGAAGAAAUUAUUCUGCACAUUCCAGAACCUGAAAUUGAUGAUGAUGAACCAGCUCCAAAAAUACAAAGUCUGGUUGAUAUUUAUGCCCAAUGCAAUGUUGUUGCUACUGAUCCAGUAUCAUUCGAAGAUGCUUGCAAAAUUGAUGUGUGGAUUGAUGCCAUGAAGGAAGAAAUUACAGCCAUUGAAAGGAACAAAACCUGGAGUUUGGUUGAUUGUCUCGGUAACUCUAUUGACUCCUUGUUGGCAAUUGUUGUGUACGUUGAUGACUUGAUGAUCAUUGGCAAGGGAUUAAAUGUUGUUCUGAACUUUAAAAGCCAAUUGUGUUCAGAGUUCGAAAUGACCAAUUUGGGAAGAAUGAUAUUCUUUCUUGGUUUGGAGGUCAAUCGAAAUGAAAAAAGAUUGUUUUUGUUACAGAAAGCUUAUGUUGAGAAUUUGUUCAAAAAAUUUUCAAUGAGCAAUUGCAAGCCAGUAAGUACUCCUGUUGCUGCUAAUGCCAAUUCUGAAAGAUCAAAGCAGAAGAGAAAGCUGCAGAUGCUUCAAUUUAUAGGAGUUUGA